AUGGGCGGCGCCUGCUCGCGCUCAAAGACGAAGAGCGCAAAGCAUAACCAAGACAGCGCGAUCGGAGCGGACGCCAGCAGGAACAAUGGCGGCUCACCCGAGGCCCCGGUUGCCGACGCCAUGCCGAGCGCGAGCUCAAACCCUCAGUACCCCAUUUCUGACCACAACUCGGAGGUCGAUGGUUUACCGAGGCCGCUCGGUGGUGGCUCUUUCACCUGUUCUACCAGCGGUGAACCUCGGAACAGCAACACCAGCGGCGACCUCAGCAAGAACAGCGGCUUUAUCUCAACGAAAGCACCAUCCCGUGAAAGUGCCGCGAAGGCGAACAAUGUGGUCACCGCCAUGAGCUCCAUCACACCAGUGUCCCCCUCGGUGAAGAACGGCGGCGCAUCUUCAAGCCCCGUGAAGGGGGGACCAGGCUACGAAGCCUACUUUCCUCCAGGCCACGACACAGGGAUGAAGCUGGGCGCUGGCAAGUACACCGGCGUUGGCGAGUCCUCACUUUCAGGGCUGAGCUCGUCGGACAUGCAGAGCCUCGCUUCCACGCCUUUUUACAAUGCGGAGAUGAGAAAACAACUCGACCAAGCCCCACACCGUGGCACAGGACUGCCGCUGCCGAACCCAAUGAUAUUCUCAGAUGACGACACGUCGAUAGUGGAGACAGGGAGUUCGGCAUUUGCCACGCCACGGGAGUUACAGAAGGGCUCGAGCAGCGUCGCUGGCUUCACUGACAACGCUUCCAUCAUCAGCCGUGGCAGCAUGACAAGCCAGCAGCCGCACGGCUACAGGUACUACAACAGUAGCACGGUAGACGCGAAUAACUUUCCGGUGCCCUCGUCUGUGUCGCGCCCACCGUUCGUGGCCACCGUGUCCCUCACGCCCACCGCCGCCUUGCUGAACAAUAGCCAGCGUCAACAGUUUCAACAGCAGCCACAGGCUUUCUUCCCCACUCCAUCCGCUACCAGGGUUGCCAGGAAUGCGCGCACGAACCGGCAGGUGCCGGCGUCGUUCAGCUUUGGAGGCGCGAGCACGCCGCUCACUCGCCAGAGUUCAAUUGCAGGGUCGGACCGUUUCCAAACGUGCCGUAGCUACACCGAGCAGGGCUCGUCAGUUGCCGGCUACCUGCCUCCCUCUACCCCACUAGGUGCUCCCGCGGAGGCGGACGCGCGCUUCUCCAGCGGCUACCCUGCAAGCAACGCUGGCGGGGUCCCUUCGACGGGGCGGCCGCUCUACACGUGCCGCAGCACCUACACACCGGUCACAAAUUCGCUGUUGGUUCCUUCCCCUGCAGCCGCCGCUUCAGACCCUGCGCAUCAGAUGACGCUCACCUACAGCCACAACAGAGAACGUCUCUCCACAGUGCCGGACGUGUCGCGGCUGCCCCUGUUCUCCCCGCAGCGAACCUCGAGUGGCGCCACGGCGCUCAAUACCCAACAUGCGCAGCAGCUGUACGAGAGGCGACAGGCAAGCCCCUGCUCCGGCAGCAUGGACGUGCCUGCGUCUGAGGCCUUCUCGGUACCGCCGAGCUCCCGCGAAUUCCUUGAUGCCCCCUCCAUCGCUGCAUCGGCCUCGGCUGACUGGAUCGACAUUGACAGAGGCUUCACCAACACCGCAGCGGCGGCGAACAUCUCCCACCAGAGCACCGCCACCUCGCUCACCGGCAGCGUUGGUGCUGUAAGGAAGCCGGGGAAGGGGGAGACCAGCGAUGUUUCUUCUCUUGAGCCCAACGGCUCCAGCUUCUUCGACAAGGCAGCGGCGCCAUCGUCGUUGGUGGACGCACCGGUGCUGCCCAAGACAAGGCUGCCAGGGGAGCAAGAGGUAAAGAGCACGCCAGCUGAGGCCGGAGGGAAGGCUGCUAAUCAAAGCGACAGCAACGGCAGUAGAAGCGGAGCGCGGCCGCGGAAGCCGCUCUACAAACGCAGCGACGACUUCUCGCCCAACCCAAACCCGCCGCUGCAGACAAAGCUCGUGAUAUCGACCGGAGCAGAUGCCGCGGUUGCCACGACGAGCAAGGUGCACCCCUCGUCACUGCCGACUGUCGCCGCGAGCACUGCCACCUUGGCUGACAACCAAGGUGUGAAUGCUAACUUGGCAUUCUCGUCCGCUACGAGCAAAACAAGCGCGGAAGAGUUCGGCGCCGCUGAUGACUCUACCGCCGCAAGGGGGGGACGUCCAACUCAGCCAUACAUCGAGGCUCCUCUGACCCCUCCAGGUGCUGCUGCUGCUGCUGCUCCUGCUGCUGCUGCGGGUGACGGCAAUACCGUGGAGUCACUCAUCUCUCCCUCUGCGAGCAUGGAGUCGUUCUCCAUGGUUCUCUUGCCGCACCAGCGCGACUACACCGUGGCGGCUUCAUCGCGCGGCUCAUGGGAGCUACCGCAGCCGCAGGAGAGCAACGUCACUUCUCGCAGAGGGCCGCUCUCCUCCCUUGGCCCAGGCGGUGCCGCUCCGAAGAAGCGAUCAAGGAGGGCAUCCGCCGCCUUCCGUAGUGCCACGGCCCAUAAAGGGAAAACAAACCGCGCACCGGCUACUACAGCCACGAAGGGUGCCGGCGCUGCUGCUGGGCCGGCGUCUGCGUCAGCAUUGGCCCCGCUGAUCGAGAACCCGAAGCCGUGGGUGCCGGGCGGUGCUGCGAUGGCCACCCCAGUUGACACACCCAAGACGGCUCGUGGAAUGACCCACCGCUCGUCACUGAGCCGCAGCGGCUCAACGCCGAAGAAAAGCGGCAGUCGCACCCGUGCCGUCACAACCCCGGGCCACAAAGGAGCCGGUGCGCGGCCAGCCUCUGGGGCGACGGUCGCUGCUGCUCGUCGCUCACGUGGCGGCGCUGCCAAUCCUGGCCCUGGGAGAAAAGCGCGGCGGCAGACUCAGGCGUCGAGCCCCGUCUCGCGCCCGUCGGCCACCAGUGUGUGCAACCCCAAAGCGAAGCGGAGAGCAAAAGUUGAGGCUUCGCCAAAGAAAUUGCCUUUAGCGCCGCCAACGGACACCCUUGCGCCAGCAGCCGCCACUGAUAGAGAACCACCAGAUGCUGAGGAGGCCGAGUCCAUUGUCGAGUACGCACUGUGUAUUGGUGAUGCAAUGGAGAGAGAGGAGGCAGGUGUUAACCCUCUGCUCAAUAACGACGAUGCCAGCAUCAGCGGUCUGCAGAGAGCGGCAGUGGCCCCUUUUCAACGACAGCUCCAGCCGGAGCAUGUGAGCAGGCCGAAUGAUUCAGUAGGGGUGAAUGACAUCGAAGCUGGCCUCCUGACACAAGAGCACCUGCCGCAGUUGCACGACAGCAGCGUAGAGGAUGCUGAUCAACCACCUCUCGUGGGCUUCCGAGCCUCGCCUGAGGUCUCCAACGCCACGGCCAUCACAUCUGCGGCAGAGAGCGCCUUCCUACAGCCUUACACGGAGGCGCAGUUGGCGGCGCAGUCCUACCUGAUCGCCUCUGGGCUGCACGAUGAUGACGAGCAUCAACACCCGAUCUCUGAGGACGACCGCGCCGCCAUUGCCGCCGCCUCCGGGGAGGCUGUGACGCGCCAGACCGUAUACUCCAGCAACAGUGACGAACAGGGACCUUACUCGGUCUCCACAGCCUCUGGUGAGGAGGUGGCAGUGGUGGCGACAUCCAGUAGCGCUAUGUGGAGUAAUGCCGGAUCACCAAUCACUAAGUACGAGUCCAGAUUACCUCUGGCGGAGGAGGAUGUAAUGCCCGCAGGAGCCGUCGUGAGCAACGGCGACGCCAUAUGCAUGGCACCUGCGGAUCACUCAGCGGAGGAGCUAUCCAGCCGCUCUGUCUCCUCCGGGUCUCCGACUCGCACGCCUCGGAGUUGCAGGUGA